UUUUAGGUGCCUAAUUUUCUUUCGUAGUAAGUUGUUAAUUUCUUUCGCUGUAAGUUGUAAUUAUCGCGCUUUAUCAUAAAAUGGUAUACUAUUGUGGUGUGGAGAGAGAAAUUAAGUAGUUAGUAUUAGUUACAAUGAACGAUGGAUACUCAUUACAACGAAAGAUUCAGUUGGUCGCGAGAAUUAAUUUUUCGACUCAUUGACGAAUUAAAAGCGAACCCGCUGCUGUGGCAUCAAGGACACGAGGACUUCAAAAAACGCAAGAAAAAAGGGGCCGUUUUACAGCGGAUUGGAAAUAAGCUGCAGCUGCCAGCAAAAUUAGUUCGCUUUAAGAUAGACGUGUUGAAAACCCAAUUCCAUAAGUAUCGGCGAACCAUUGAAAGAGAUGGUGCUCAACAUAAAAAAAUGUGGUUUGCCUAUCAGCGACUUAGCUUUUUGGCAAACUCUGGGCCCACGGAUGCUUGCGCGCACUCCGAGGAUAAUGAGAUCGUUACAAAGAGAGAGGUACCAUCACCCAUAACAGAAGAGGAACAAACGACAAUGAGCACAUUUAUACCUCCCGAUAACCCUACAAUCAUUCAACAAAAUGAUAACCACUGGAUUCCAUCACCUGUUCAUCAAAGUCCAGUACCGGAAAGUUCAGCAAUCGUUAUUGAAGGUUUGCUGAAGGUAAUUGCAGACGGGACGCAUAUCCGUCGAACGUGGCCAGAAGCUAUGGCAUCGUACGUAUCGGUGAUGCUGCAACAGGCCGGGGAUCGUUCUCCGGCGGAAAUGCGUCUAUUCCAUCGCAAACUAACAUUCCUGUUGGAAAGCUUUCAGGAUGGUACCUUAACAGAGCAGUGAUUAGGGCCAUCAGGCGGCGGUGUAAGCUAAGAAGAUAAAUUAACAUUUAACAUAGUUUGUAGCGGGUAUGCGAAGUCUAAAUGUGAAAUCAGGUGGUUCACAUUCUUCGCAUAUCUCUCGAGGCUCGACUCAAUCAAAUUAAUAAACAAUUAU